CUACCAGUAGCUAAAUAGACCAGGCUGCUAUGAAACAUGAUCCUGGGAGGAAUUUGUUCCAAACAUUUGGAAAUCACACCCAGAAUUCAAGGAGGAGUCAAUUAGGAUUAAAGCACAGAUUGAGAACUCUGCAAAGCAUUCCCUGUUCAGGUGAGACGCUCCAUACUGUUCAGAUCUUUAAGGAUGCAUACUGGAAGCAAACAGAUGAUGACAUGGCUUGUGAUAUCUGUACUCUACAUAAUCACUGCAAUGAACAAAGCUCAACAGCUGAAAAACGCAAGAAUACCCUUUCUACAGAAUAAACCCUUUCUUGCCGUAUGGAAUGCACCCACAGAACAGUGCAGACAAAGAUACAAAGUCAACCUUGACCUCAGUGUCUUUGACAUUGUUGCUAAUCCAAAUGAAACCUUAAUAGGUACCGAUGUCACUAUAUUUUAUCACACACACCUGGGACAUUAUCCCUAUUUCACAGACGAUGGACAGCCAGUGAAUGGAGGCGUGCCUCAAAAUGAGAGCCUCAAAAAACACCUAAAUAAAUCAGAACAUGAUAUAAACAGACUUAUCCCUAAUAUUGAUUUCAAAGGCUUGGGAGUAGUCGACUGGGAAAACUGGAGACCACAAUGGGAUAGGAAUUGGGGAAGCAAACUUAUUUACAGAAACAAAUCCAUAGAGCUUGUUAAAAAUCGUCACCCAAAGUGGUCAGAUGAGCAACUAAAGAAGGUGGCAAAAGAAGAAUUUGAUUAUGCAGCCAAGAAAUUCAUGACUAAAACCAUUGCUCUAGCUCAGGAAAAAAGAUCACAAGGUCUCUGGGGGUAUUAUCUCUUCCCUGAUUGUUACAACUAUGAUUAUAAAGAAAAUCCUCAUUCCUAUACAGGCAGAUGCCCAAGUAUUGAAAUGAUUCGCAAUGAUUUGCUAGAGUGGCUGUGGAAAGAAAGCAAUGCACUUUACCCAUCCAUAUAUUUAGACUAUAUACUUAAAUCAACACCAAAUGCACUUAAGUUUGUUCAUUAUCGUGUAAAGGAAGCCAUGAGAGUGGCAUCAAUGGCAAGAAAGGGUUACAAUUUACCUGUUUUUGUCUAUUCAAGGCCAUUUUAUUCAUACACUCUUGAUACUUUGUCAGAGGCUGACCUAAUUCAUACAAUUGGAGAGAGUGCUGCAUUGGGGGCUGCAGGGAUUGUGCUAUGGGGAGGAAUGCAAUAUGCCAGUACAAAGGAAAGCUGCAUCAUUGUGAAGAAAUACAUUGAUGGACCCCUAGGACAUUAUCUUGUUAAUGUGACUGCAGCUGCUAAAAUGUGUAGUAAAGUCCUAUGCAAAAAGAAUGGGAGGUGCCUUAGAAGUAACAUAGACUCUCCAGAUUAUUUACAUUUAAAUCCAAAGCAUUUUAAGAUUAAGAAACAUUUUUCAGGAAAAGGCAUUUUUGCAACUGGGAAACCAGGGAAGGAAGAUCUACAUUACAUGGAGCAAAGAUUUAUGUGCCAGUGCUAUGAAGGAUGGACUGGUACAUUCUGUGAGCUUCCAGAACAAAGAGUGGGAAGAAAGGAAAACAUAUCACCUAACAGUUCAAGCAGAUCUGUGCUGCCCCUAAGUAUAAUAUUAUAUGUGCUUUACACUAUUUUGUCCAAAAUACUAAUUUUGUAAAUUUGUAGUGCCUAACAAUGCACAUGUAAAUAAUAGUAAACUGAGUUACUUUAUAUGAAUGCAGAGAGAGUGACAAAGAGAAAAAGGAUAAUGCAUGCCCUGCUGUAAUAUAUAAGGCUAUAGGAGGUCGCUCAGGAGUUACAGGUAUAUAUGACUCCAGGGUGACUUCCAGUUGCGAUUUACAUUUUACUGGGGUUAUAUUAUUUUACAAACUACAGCCCUCCAUGUUAGUGGCUGUUCGAGCUGCUAUAUAAGCUCCUCAGUGACUGGUGUCCCCCAUUUACAGCUUCCUCCCUGGAUUCUGACACAGUCAGAAUGUGCUAAAUGUGCUGCUGCUGGGAAGCAAAAAGCCGCCAAAAACAAAUCCACAGAGGGGAUGCUUCUCAUAGUAAAUUGUAUGCCUGCCCUAUAUAUUGAUUGCCAGAAUCUUUGUUGGCAACUUUCUCAUGGGUGCCGCUCAGACAGCACUGUCUACAGUAACGUUGCUUGGCUGUCACUUUAUGUCAGAAACAUUUUGAUGUCAGAAGGUUGAUUCUGUACCCUACUGUAACCUAUUGUCAUUUUUAAAGAUAGUAGAAGUCAAUGAGGAUUUACAUGACCAUAUAAUACUGACACUAUGCCUAUAAAAACCUGCCCAGCAUAGUUACUUCCAACAAAGUGGUUUUCAUAUUGACGUUAGGAAGGGUGGAAAACGCCACAAUUCUAAAAGGAUGGGACUUUGACCUGUCACCAAGAUAAGCAUCAUUCCCAAGCAGGCCCGGACUGGCAAUCUGUGGGUUCGGCAAAUGCCUGAUGGGCUACUUGCUUUAACAUGUAAAUGGAAUGCUCACCUAAAAAUGCUAAUUAUGUCUGUAUUUAAUAUGUAAAUGAACCACUCACUUUAGAAAUGUAAAUGAACUCUCUGUAACAGCCAGCCAUAGCUAAGCCGAUGCCUGUAGUGCACAUGCCAGUACUGGCAUAUGGGCGGAACCACGCAUUCUGACCAACUUCAGUUAGUAAUAUUAGAGUUGCUUGCUAUAUACCCAAUCCCUUUUGCUUAUGAUAGGUAUGUAGGCAACAGGAGGAUCAAUGCUCAGAAAAAUAACUUCAGCCUGUAUAUGGAAAACUGUGAAAUGUAGCAUUGAUUGCAUGAGGCAGCCUAGUCUCUUCAAGUAUGUCACACUUUGACCCUGUGCCACACAUGGUAAUUAAAGUCCUUUUAUGUGCCAGGAUGCAUGGUCUAUAUGGGGGCACACAGGACAAUUUAGAAUACAGUAUACUGUAAGUAUAGGGCCACUAAUCCAUCUGAUAGAAUAGUUGUAACAGAAACUAGGGUGAGAUAAUUGUUGCAAGGGCCAGUUCAAGCACAUAGGGUGUAUAAUAUUACUGGGAAUUAUAUGGUAAUGUACUCUUAAAAUAUCUAUUAAUAAACACUAGUUCUAGUUAACCUUGGGGUUGGAAAUAUAUCAUGCUUUGCAUGCGCGUGAAUACACGGGCUGCCUCGAUACUUUUGCCAGGGCUACAUUUUCCUCCCAGUCCGGCCCUGCUCCCAAGACUGCUCUGCUUGAAGUUAUGUUGGUCACUUACACUUGUCAGUAACCUGUGGCUGAAUUGAGGCAGGGGGGCACAUUUGCAAGGAGCAGUUGUGCUCUGCUCUUUUGUACCAGCUGUGCCUAGGAUGGUACAUCCAAUGUAAAGCAUACAGAAUAGCACUCACAGGUGGAAACCUGUAAUGAAUUAUGUACCCUGUGUACUCCAGGGUUUAUAUACAAAGCUAUAGAUGCCCAUAUGCCAAAUGCAAGCAAUGCUAUGCACAGAGAUAGGCACAACUUAUGGUGGGCAGGUGCACUGUUGGCAAAAAACAUGCAUUUUGACUGGAUACAUAUUUGUUUUAUUUAAUAGACAACAUAUUCCACAGUGGUGUACAAUUCAUGGGUUGGUGUAUUAUGAACAUAUGGAUUUCAUACAAAUAUAUGACCCAAACAGGAAGUAAAUAGGGGCCUGCUAAAUAGAGCUUUCAAACUAAAUGUUUUUAUCUGAGCUUUGCUUAACGACAUAAUUAGAACCUAUUGAUAUAUUUAACAUAUAUAUAAGUAAUACACACAUGAUUCAAUAUGUAUUAUUUUCUAUUAUUUUCUAUAUAUUGUUUAAAAUCAGUCCCCAAACACUCUAACUUUACAUUUAGGCCUUCGAACAAGGAUGGCUGAGCAGCCCCAUCUGGUGCUGAAAAAUGAGAAGACAUCCUUCAUCAAACAGCAGGGUAGGGAGAAAAUGUUCCACAGUUAUCACAGAAAUUUACCUUAUUAUUCAGGGCUGUACAACCGGAGGCCACAGGCUGGAUGACCAACCAAAUGAUUUUCAUGGCCCCCAAAUUGCUCAAGAGCUCCAGUGACCUCUUGUCAGUUUAUUAUAAUCUGGAACUCUAACAUGCGUUAUAGUAAAUAACAGAGCCACUAUAUGGAAGAAUUAGGACAGCCUUCUUAAAGUGUAUGUGUGAAUUUCUCACUUACUAUGCAAGGAUGGAGACACAGGGCCUUUCUAGCUUGUGUUAGACUGCUCAAAGAUGAUUGCUGACUGCUUGCUUUUUGCACCUGCAAUUUUUCAUGUAAUGUUAGUAAAUGAGAUUUUGGUCUACUAAGCUUUAUCUUAAUGUUAAAUUCCCCAGUAUGUUAUGUGUGCAAGAAUCAUUUUAGAGUUCUGCAUAAGAUACUACUAUUAAAAAUAAAACUGACAUCCAAUAA